AGCGCGGGCGGCGGGCACUGCAGCAGCGGGCGGCGGGCGCCGCGCGGACCGACGGCACCCCGCGGCCGGGAGCGGCCGGGACCCCACGAUGACUCUGAAUAAUGUCACCAUGCGCCAGGGCACCGUGGGCAUGCAGCCACAGCAGCGCUGGAGCAUUCCUGCUGAUGGCAGGCACCUGAUGGUCCAGAAGGAUCCCCACCCCUGCGGCCUCCACAACCGCCAGUCUACGGCCCCUGAAGACCCCUGCCGGCGGAGCUGGUCCUCUGACUCCACAGACUCCGUCAUCUCCUCUGAGUCUGGAAACACCUACUACCGAGUAGUGCUUAUAGGAGAGCAAGGGGUGGGCAAGUCCACCCUGGCCAACAUCUUUGCCGGUGUACAUGACAGCAUGGACAGCGACUGUGAGGUCUUGGGAGAAGACACGUAUGAGCGCACCCUGGUUGUUGAUGGAGAGAGUGCAACGAUUAUCCUCCUGGACAUGUGGGAAAAUAAGGGGGAGAGCGAAUGGCUCCACGAGCACUGCAUGCAGGUGGGGGACGCCUACCUGAUCGUCUACUCUAUCACAGACCGGGCGAGCUUCGAGAAGGCGUCGGAGCUGAGGAUACAGCUCCGCAGGGCCCGGCAGACGGAAGACAUCCCCAUAAUUUUGGUUGGCAACAAAAGUGACUUAGUGCGGUGUCGGGAAGUGUCUGUGUCAGAGGGCAGAGCUUGCGCUGUGGUGUUUGACUGCAAAUUCAUCGAAACCUCCGCGGCCGUGCAGCACAACGUGAAGGAACUGUUCGAGGGCAUUGUGCGGCAGGUCCGCCUGCGCCGGGACAGCAAGGAGAAGAACGAGAGGAGGCUGGCCUACCAGAAGAGACGGGAGAGCAUCCCCAGGAAAGCCAGGCGCUUCUGGGGCAAGAUUGUGGCCAAAAACAACAAGAACAUGGCUUUCAAGCUCAAGUCGAAAUCCUGCCAUGACCUUUCUGUGCUCUAGGAACCCACGGUCAGCCAGAUGUCCCCCCGCUGGACGUCGUCGAAGGCUUUUGGGACCAGUGAUCUAUAUUAGAUUGGAUACAUAAGCAUUGUUAGACACGGCUUCCCCUACUGCGGAUGGGAAAACAACAGCUUGGCCUCAUGGGCGACCAAAUGCACGGGCAAUGAAAGAGCUUUCUCCAGAGUCAGUAUUUAUUCACAGGAAAAGCCUGCCUUGCUGCAGGACACCAGAGACUCAUUUAAGGGCAUGUGCAGCCUUCACAUGAGGUUUGUUUGUUUGUUUGUUUGUUUUCUCUUCUUGGACAGCAGAACAUUGAAGCUUAUGAAGAACGCCUAGAACAGGAGUGCGUUUCAUCACUGAAGUUUUGCCCAGGGUUGUCCGGUGUGAACUUGAGGCCUAGGAAAGCGGUGGGAAUUUAUCGGAAGGAGAAGGGCUCCACCUACCUAUCUUCCUGCGGCAACAGCUCAAUACAGUUGUGACGAAUACCGCUCCAUCGAAAAGAAGCAAUGGAAUUUGCCGGAAUCUCGGGCUUACUAACAGUUUUUGUUUAACGACCACAGAGAUUUGUAGACUUAGGAGCUGGAGUGUGGACCACUUACAGGAUCAAAGGGUUGUUUACUUACGUGUCCUAUUAAGUGUUUAUUUUGAGGAAACUGAUCUCGCCAAAUUCCACUUAGCCAAAUAAUCUUUUAUGUUUUGUUGUUUUUGAAAUCAUGAGGCUAUCAUAAAAUAUUAGAAAAAAUCUCAACUAUUGAUAAAACCUGGAGUGCAAAAUGAUUACAUUUUAAAUAUAAUCAAAAGCCUGGUUUUUUUUUUCUUUUUUUCCAAAAGCAGAGAAAUGCCCCAUCCUUUGGAUUGAUCCUUGUGUGCCACAACUGUGUUCUAUUUAUUAUUAUUUUGCAAAUAACCAUUUUAACAUUUGAUAAAGCAUAUUUAUGAACAUAUUUCUUACUGAGAAAAAUGUCUGUUUUAUUAUCUUUUUUAUCUUUUUCAAAAUAUGCAAGU